AUGACGGAGGACAGGACCCUGCCCCCACCGCUGCCUCCACGCCUGGACUGGUUCGUGCACACCCAGGUGGGCCAGCUGGCCCAGGAUGGAGUUCCCCAGUGGUUCCAUGGAGCGAUCUCCAGAGAGGCUGCCGAGAACUUGCUGGAGCCACAACCACCAGGAUCCUUUCUCAUCCGGGUCAGUCACAGUCACGUGGGCUACACGCUGUCCUACAGGGCCCAGAACUGCUGCCGCCACUUCAUGGUGAAGCUGCGAGAAGACGGCAGCGUUGUGAUCCCCGGGGGCGGGGUGGCCCACGCCUCACUGCACGCCCUGGUCACCUUCCACCAGCAGAAGCCCAUGCGGCCACACGGCGAGCUGCUCACCCGGCCCUGUGGGCAGGAGGAUCCCACAUGCGUGGACUACGAGGACCUCUUCCUGUACAAUAACGCGCUGGUCAAGGAAAUCGCCAGCGAACUCACUGCCAUCGAGUCGACCUCCCCGAAACCGGGCAUGCUCCACUGGCCAGAGGAAAGGCAGGCUUCAGCUGAGAUGGACAGAGCACCCCCGGGGAGCCUCGCCUCUUCUGGCCCCCCGAAAGCUCCCCUGUCAGAUGCCCGCCAGAAACUCUGGAAGCGCCUCAAGACGCUCCCCAAAGCGGGCAGGAGGGCCCAGCAGCAGCUGAAAUCCCACCUGACAGCCGUGAGCUUGCCGUUGUUCUCAGACACCAGCUUGCCCGUGGCCACUGCCGCCGGCGGCUUAGAGGUCGCAGGCAACGGCCACGAGGAGGCUGCGAACCAGGAGGACCACUUCUAUAGAGAACCCUUUGAGGGGGCCCACGCAGCCCCCAGGUCUCCCAGAGACAGAAAUGCCUUUCCCAGGGAGGCCCUGAGGGCAGGCAGUUGGAGCGGAGUUUCCCCGGGGGGCCGAGGGCUGCACAGAACAGUAGUGACGUCGAAGUCACUGCAGGUAACCAACCAAGAGACAAGAGGCGUGGAGGAACCCCAGGACUGGCUGCCUGAGGAGUACCGCCCACCCCCACCAUUCGCCCCUGGAUACUGCUAG